GAAUUCACAAUUCGUAAACUAGUAAAAUGAGUAAAUUGGAUGAUUUAUUGGGCAAAAAGAAGACUGUAGUGCCCGUCUUGGAUCUGAGUCGCAGCAACAUCCAGUCGACGGAGGAGUUUAAGCGACUGAUGGAAAAGGUGCCCGACUAUAAGAUGCGACCCAUCAAAGUGCGAGCUGAGGAAAUAAAAAUACGUGAAAAGGACUACGCCUUUAAAAUGCCCAAGAAAGAAAUGCGCAAACUGCUGAAGAGCAAUGGUGAGCGAGAGUUGCUCUACACCUAUGCGGAUCCUGUGCCCGGCGAGAUGAAGGAUGUGGUCCUUAUGGAGCUGUGCGCUGUGCCCAUUGACUGGAAGAUGCUGACCACACUGCGCCCCAAGUCCAAACAGGAGGAGGAAUACUUUAGUCGCAUGGUCGAGAUGGGCAAACUGGAGCUUAAAACCGAGGCCAAGGAUCGAAGGGAGUUUGCAUUGAACAAUUGCAUUAAAAAGAUCAAAAACAAGUCGGGCAUCGUCGAAACACGACUCGUGACUUGCGAAUCCUGCGGCGAGGAAAUGUGUUGGGGAAAAUCGUGUGGCGAUUUCAAUUACGAUCUGUAUAUACGCGUCGAGGCCAAAGUGCUGAAGCCAAAGCCGUUGGCGUUGUCAUCGAAUAAAACCAAGUUAAAUGGACGGAAAAAAUCAACAAUUGGUGGCGCUAAAAUCAAAGUGAAGAAAUCAACAAAUGCUAAAUAGUUUUUAAGCUACUUAAUCGCAAUUAAAUCACACAUUUUCAAGGGCUUUCUAAAUUGUAACCGAUUUGCAAUAAAUGGCUUAUAAUCAAUCAUAAUGGCGCCGCGUUUAAGGUCAGGAAAACUCCCAUGGAAAAUGAUCUUAAUAGCAGCCAUGUUUAGAUUUCUUGAGUAGCGCCUUAUAUUU